AUGGAUGAUGGACUUGAUAUUCCCCAUUCGGGUCCAUCCAAUUUAGUUGGAAGCAAUGGGACAGCUUACAGACCCCGCGGAUACCAGCUGGAGAUGCUGCAGGCCAGUCUUCAGCAGAAUAUCAUUGUCGCUAUGGAUACCGGUAGUGGAAAAACUCAUAUAGCGGUACUACGCAUCAUUGCUGAGCUAGAGAUAUGUGCUCCCGAAAAGUUGGUUUGGUUUCUCGCUCCGACUGUGGCACUGUGUCUCCAGCAGCACGAAGUCAUUGCCUCGCAAAUCCCGUCCAUCAGGACGCGGGUGCUCACGGGAGCAGAUAAUGUCGACCGAUGGACUAAGCCAGCUGUUUGGAAUAGCGUGCUAGAGGGCGUCCGUGUGGUGUGUUCAACGUACGCUGUUCUUUCGGAUGCUUUGAACCAUGGAUUUGUGAGAAUGGCGCGGCUGGCUCUACUUAUUUUUGACGAAGCUCAUCAUUGCACCGGUGGCCAUCCGGCGAGAAAAAUCAUGCAAUAUCACUACCACCCCACACGUCUUAAAUCCGGAUCAGAUGCAAUUCCUCGAGUUCUAGGGCUGACAGCGAGCCCCAUAGUGAGAUACAAGCCCCAAGAUUUGCAGGCUAUUGAAGCAAGUCUAGAUGCGGUAUGCAAAACUCCCCGAGUGCAUCGGUCGGAGCUUCUCAAACAUGUUCACAGACCGCAGUUGGAAUGCAUUCGCUACAAGCAAUGCACUACAGAACAACCAAUGUUAGGGACUCGGUUGCUGUAUUCAUUGAUACAUUGCGCAAAAGCUUACGACAUCCAUGAAGACCCGUACAUGGAGAUGUUACGCUAUAAAUUGGAGUCACAAGGAAGUGCAGAAUUAUUAUCACAAACCGGGAAAACAUUUUGCAGCGAGCAACUUGCCAAGCUAAUCGAGCGCAGCCGUCAUAUGUACGAGGAGCUCGGUGGCUGGGCCACAGACUAUUUCAUUCAGGCUUCGAUUGACCAGCUUCGGAGGUCCAUAGAGGAGGACAACUCUAUGACAGGUCUAGACCGUGCUGAAAGAGUCUAUCUCCUCGAGCUUCUGCUUGGGAUGCCAGUUCCUGCAGACAAUGAAGCAGAAAGCUUUCAUAUUUCCCCAAAACUUGAGGUCUUGCUUGCUUUUCUUGAUAAGAUGGAUCGCCCUAAAUUCUCCGGUCUCAUAUUUGUGAGGCGGCGCGUUACAGUGAGCGUUCUGGCCCGUCUCUUAUCACUCCAUCCUGCAACGAAAGAUCGUUUCCGUUGUGCGCCAUACGUGGGCUGGUCAAGUAACAGUUCCCGUAAGGAUUACCUCGGUGAUCUCCUGACUCGCGACAUGCAACGGGAUACUCUCUCCGAGUUCAAGGCCGGGCGGAGAAACUUGAUUAUUGCCACCGAUGUUUUGGAGGAAGGCUUGGAUGUUAGCUCCUGCAGCUUGGUAAUCUGCUACGACAAGCCAUCAAAUCUCAAAUCCUUUGUCCAGCGUCGUGGCCGGGCCCGGCAUCAGCAAUCUACCUAUGCGAUUGUGAUGUCGACUGAAGAUCACUCAUUGGACUUCUACAAAUGGGAGCAACUAGAAAGAACUAUGAUUGAAGCAUACCAGAAUGACGAGAGAGUGCGUCAGAAGGCCUUGGAACUCGAGCGAAUUGAGGAGAAUGUUGAUGAUUGGCUAAUUGUGCCUUCUACAAGCGCACGUCUGUCCGCUGAUGAUGCAAUGCAACACCUGCACCAUUUUUGUGCUGUGCUACCUGUAGAUGAAUCUGUGGACAAUCGUCCAUCGUUUUCAUUUGAGGACAAUCCUAGAGGUCUCAUUCGGAGCACGGUCACUCUUCCUAAUUCAGUUCACCCCGCCGUUCGCCAGACACAAGGAAGGAGAUGGUGGCGAACUGAGCGUGCAGCCAGAAAGGAGUCAGCGUUCCAAGCGUACAAGGCAUUGUGGAAAUACGGUCUGGUAAACGACAAUCUCCUGCCCCUCACUCGAAAGCCCGAUUUACAAUUCACAGAAGACACUCAAUUACCAGCAGUCAUCGAAUGUUCGGAACAAUACGAUCCAUAUAUGGACUUGGCCAAUAUAUGGGUGUCUCCUGAUCCCCACCAGACAAAUAUCACCGUAUCGCACAAGGGAGUCGUGAACCAGAAUUUUCUUAUGUCAAUGGUGUUGCCCCAAUGGACCCCUAUGCCGGAUGAUAUGACAUUCUACUGGAGUAAAGAUGAAACUCUGAAAGUAUCCUUGACUGAUCCGCAGCGACUUAUGGACUUCACCACGGAGACUCUUCAAACCAUGAGGGAAAUCACUUCUAUAUACCUUCAAGCACCUUCAUCGCGAGUAAAUGGACCCGAGAAGGAUUUUGUGGCCCUAUUUGUCCCCACGGCUCCACCCGGAACUUUCGAGGAAUGGAUCCAGAAAUAUCAGGGCACGGACAAAGCUUUGGAUAUCUAUGCCCAAGAUCCCACCCGUCCGCUGGUUGGCAUCGUGCGAGAUACAGCAAAAUACAGCGAACCUCGCUUGUUCAGAGAGUGGGUCAUUUCUAGAACAGACCAGAAGACUCACGUUGAGAUAGAGUGUCAGUCCCUUCCUCGUCGGCGAAACCUGCUGCAGGACUGGAAUACUGCGACGGCUGGAGAAGAUGGCGAGAUGGCGACCCCAAAGACCCACAUUGUACCAGCCGCAGGCUGCACAGUAGACAGGCUGCCUUCCGAGAUUGCUAUCUUCGGACGUUUCAUAUCCGCAAUUCUGGACCGCUUUGAAGCCACUAUGGUCGCUCAUAAGCUCAAUGACACCAUUCUGAAAGGCGCAAAAAUCUCGAAGAUUGAGCACGUCUUGACAGCGAUCACCAGUCCCAUUGCUCAAGCUACAGCCAACUACCAGCUAUAUGAGUUCUUUGGAGACUCUGUCUUGAAAUUCACCGUCAGUUGCCAGCUCUUCUUCCUGCAGCCCAAAUGGCAUGAAGGCUAUCUCUCUGAGAGCCGGGACAAGCUUAUCCAGAACAAACGUCUCGCUCGUGCUGCACUUGAUACUGGAUUGGAUAGCUUUAUCCUAACUAACCGCUUCACUCCGCGCAAAUGGAAUGCCCCGUUGGUGUCCAAGAGGGUGUUGAUGAAGCCUGGCAAACGACAGCUCUCCAUGAAGGUAUUGGCCGAUGUGGUCGAAGCAGUGAUUGGCGCUGCUUAUAUGGACGGUGGGAUGGAAAAGGCACAAGCCUGCCUCCAUAGAUUUCUCCCAGAGAUCACGUUGUUCACCAAAAAUAUCCCAUCAUUUAUAAAUCCGACAGACACGCCAAAGCUCAAGCUGAUUAAUGAACAUUGUAUCUCAAAGCUAAUCGGGUAUACAUUCAAACAAACAUCUCUCCUGACAGAAGCACUCACUCACCCAUCCUGUGAGUUUGAUACCAUCACUCAGUCUUACCAGCGCAUUGAAUAUCUUGGAGAUGCUGUUCUUGACAUGGUCGUUGUCUCUGUGAUUGCCGCAUAUCCACACAAGAUCUCACAGGGCAAGAUGACUCUCAUCAAGCAUGCUGUGGUGAAUGCAAAUCUCUUAGCCUUUCUCUGCUUGGAACACUCUGUCCUAGAUACAACUACAGAGAUGGAGAAAACAUCAACAGGAGACCUUGAUCUCGUUACGCGCUCCAAGGAAAUCCAGCUGUGGCAAUUUCUCCGUUUCAAUGGGCCGGUCAUCAAAGCCUCGCGCGAUGCAUGCGUAGAAAGAUAUAAGGUGUACCGCACGGAGAUUCAAAACGCCUUGCAUUCCUCGCAGACGUAUCCAUGGGCGCUCUUCGCCAUUCUGCGAGCAGAUAAGUUCAUCUCUGAUAUUGUGGAAAGCACAAUUGGGGCGAUCUUCGUCGACUCCCAGGGCAGCCUUGAGGCUUGCACAGCCUAUGCCGAGCGCAUCGGGCUGCUACCAUACUUGCGCCGUAUCAUUUCCGAUGGCGUUGAUGUCAAGCACCCGCGCAACAAGGCCCAAGAUCUCAUGAAGGCGGCUGGAAGUCUUGCUUUCAAAGCUAGGAGAGUGGAAGUGAAAGGUGGGGCCGCCACAUACCAGUGCUCUGCGGUUAUCAAUAAGGAAGUGGUUGCUUCCGUGCAAGGCUGUACAUCUGCGGAAGAGGCCGAAAUCAAAGUAUCCCAUAUUCUCAUUGAAAAGGCCAGAGCUGACAAAGUUGCGGCGGAGCAGACUGCCACACACAUGGUGAUUUGA